AUGUCGAAACGAGGAGCUCAAGGUGCCCAGGGGUCCAAGGACGACGAUGGUGGUUUUGGAAUCGGCACUCCCGAUGAAAAGCCUACACAGGCGACAGCUGCUCAGCUAGCCAGAAGAAAAAUCAAGAGUGUUCGCAGUCGUCGAGCUCCGACACCCACAGCUGGCGGUGGCGCAUCUGAUGCAGGCUCAUUCAAUCCUUUCGCGUCCGCUGCUUCGGCUCCCGCUCCCGCCCCGGCCCAGUCGACUGGGUUCUCCUUCGGCCAGACCCAGAGCCAAAGCCAGAGCUUCCCCGGGGCAACACCAGGGACAGGUCAGGGUGGAAUGUUCUCAUCGGGCACUAAUGGUCAGGCGGGUGGUCAGGCAUCAUUCAGCUUCGGCGGUGGCCCAACCUCGUUUGGUGCUCCACCAGCCAGCAAUCCCUUCUCCGUAGACACAUCGUUCGGUGGAAAUUCCCAGGCGGGCACAAAUGGGUUCAACUUCGGCGGGUUUGGUGCUGGAGGCGGAGGAACUCAGACUGCCCCGUCGUUCGGUGGGUUUGGAGCCCAGCAGAACACAAGCACACCCGCAAGCAAACCAGCAAGCUCCGGUCUGUUUGGCCAAUCCACCGCACACAUUACUUCGCCUGCCGAUGAUAGCAUGCAAACAUCACCAGAUACUAAGCCCAAGGGCGCUUCUAUCUUCGCAGCCAAGCCACCCACAGGAGGGUCUGCGCCUGCCAACCCAUUCGCCAGCCUCUCAGGACAGAACUCCAACAUUUUCGCGCCGAAGCCAGCCUCCACAGAGCAGGCCGCCGCUAGUUCCGCGGAGCCCCAGCCUUUCAAGCCUCUCUUUGGAGCUCCUGCGGCUUCAAAACCAGACGAGGCGAAAUCAAAGCCAGCUGUCAGCAACCCAUUUGCGCCAAAACCAGCUUCAGACGGAGCGGCGGCGAGCAAUCCAUUUGCGAACCUCUCAGGGCAGUCCAGUGCCAACUUGUUCGCACCAAAACCGGCAGCAGAGCAAACUCCCGCCAAGCCUGCCGAGGUAGCCAAGCCUUUCAGUGGUCUUUUCGGGUCAACCUCGACUUCCAAGCCAUCAGAGCCUGCUAGUAAUCCAUUUGCGCCCAAGCCAGCCACAGAGGGAUCAGCUGCGAGCAAUCCAUUCGCGAGCUUAUCCACCUCAAAGGUCACCGGAACCGAAAGUGCGGGAAAAGCCGCUGAGACACAGCCGUUCAAGCCUAUGUUCGGCACACCGGCCGUAUCGAAGACAUUGGAUGCAGGAAAAGAGACCAAUGCAUCUCCUGCGUUUGGGAACAUGUUUGCCACUCCCAAACCAGCUGCUGAGAAUGCGGCUUCAAAGCCCGCUGAGACACAACCGUUCAAGUCCCUCUUCGGAACACCAGCACCAGCGAAGACAACGGAUGCUGGAAAUGAAUCGAGUGCUUCGCCGGCAUUUGGCAAUAUGUUUGCAACUCCCAAACCAGCCACCGAGAAUGCUGCCCCCAAGCCUGCCGAAAACCAGCCGUUCAAGUCAAUGUUUGGAACACCAGUGACGUCGAAGCCCGCAGAGGUCGAAAAAGAGCAGCCAGGCACGAGCAACAUCUUUGCACCUAAGGUCACAGAUGAUAAGGAGACUCCUGAGCCUGCGAAGGCUCAGCCAUUCGGAUCAAUGUUUGGCGCAUCUUCUGCACCCGCCAUAUCUGGAGAAGAACAAAAAGCUGCAACACCUAACAAUCCAUUUGCGAACCUUUCGGGACAAAGCUCAUUCAGCAGUCCAUUUGCACCCAAAACAACAGAACAGACGAUUGCUCAGGCACAACCGUCCGCGUCUUUGUUCGGGUCAAGUACAGCAUCGAAGCCUGAAAAGGAGCAACCAACACAGGAAGUAGAGAAAAACAACACGGGGUUCAACAAUUUCACGAGUUCAUUCUCAAGCUCUCAGGCAACCAGCCAACCCCCCCAACAGGAAGAUACGACCCUGAACGGAACACCACGCGCGUCUUUCUUUCAAACGCCAUCAACAGAAGUAGAAAGUUGUUUACCUUCCUCUUCCUUUUCUUCUUCUUCUUCUUCUUCUCUCCCAUCCUCUUCAACUUCUAUCCCUACUAUUUACCCUUAUGACAUUUCCAACACCCGCAGUGUUCAAGAAGCCGACAGUCUUUUCCCCCAAUCUGCUAAGCCUGCUUCAAUUGAAUAUCCCGAUAUGCCGCUCAAAAGCGCGUACCCCCCAAGCAAGUCCGGCCACCCAGCCGCCGGCGCGGCGUACAUAAAGUUGUGUAUGUUGACGGAGGCGUUCAAGCAACAAGUCGCCAAAUGUGAUCCUUGGGAGCAUAACAUUGACGAAGUCCUCAUUCUUUAUGGUGAACUUCGCCGUGAACUUGGUAUCCCUAUUGGAGCUAUCGACCCCGCUGAAGAGUCCCGCCGUGCCGGCAUCAACCAUGCCGAUGCUGUCAAAGAAGGUCACCCUGCCAAGCAAGCCGUGCCUCCCAGCCCUUCAACUUUUACCCCUCCUCCUAUUUACCCUGGAAAAAAGGCCGACACUCCUGCCAACGCGUCAUCUGGUGCCUCUGACACUGCCAACAAGUUCAAGCAGUCUUUCUCGUCGCCCAGUGCCUCUUUGGCUUCUGCUGUUGGAUCGUCUACUCCUGCCCCAGCUUCCGCCGCAGUGAACCCUUUCGCUCCUGCGGUGGUUCCUGCUACCAACGCGCUUGCUACUCCGGCCGUCAUUGCUGCGGAAUCAGCUGGUGAUACUCCUGCAGCCCCUGCUUCCAACAUUCCUAUGUUCAGCAAUGGCACUGCUAGCUCUUCCUUCAACGUUCCUGCGCCCGCUUUCUCCAUGCCCAAGUUUGGUGGUGACACGAACGGUGCUACAUCCAGCGCCCCCAAGCCUGUCUUUGAAAUCCCUAAGUUUGGCGGUGGUGCUGGCGGUGGCAGCACUGGUGGAAUCGACUUUAUGUCUCAGUUCAAGGCAAACGCCGAAAAAACCGCAGCUGAGGAGAAGGCCAAGAGAAAGGCAGAGGAUUUCGACUCUGACGAAGAUGACGAGGCUGAGUGGGAGAGAAAGGACGCCGAGCAGCAGCGUGAGAAGCGUGCCAAGCUUGAGGCAGCCUCCAGCAAGCGCAGCGUCUUUGUCCCUGGUGAAGGCUUCAAGCUGGUCGAAGCUGAAGCUGCCCCGAGCACCUCCGCCUCCACCAUGCCCAAGCUUGGUGGCGACAUGAAUGGUGCUACAUCCAGUGCCCCCAAGCCUGCUUUUGAAAUCCCUAAGUUCGGCGGUAGUGGUGGCAGCACCACUGGUGGAAUCGACUUUAUGUCUCAGUUCAAGGCAAACGCCGAGAAAACUGCAGCUGAGGAGAAGGCCAAGAGAAAGGCCGAGGAUUUCGACUCUGACGAAGAUGACGAGGCUGAGUGGGAGAGAAAAGACGCCGAGCAGCAGCGUGAGAAGCGUGCCAAGCUUGAGGCUGCCUCUAACAAGCGCACCGUCUUUGUCCCUGGCAAAGGCUUCCAGUUCGUUGAUGCGGAAGCUACUUCGAAAACCCCCGCCGAGUCUACCCCCAAGGCUCCGUCUCCCGCCGCCGCCGUUGAGCUUACCUCAAGUGCUCCAGCUCCAUCCGCCCCCCUUUUCGGCUCCAGCAAUGCUCCUUCUUCCUCCAAGUCCCUCUUCGGCUCAAGUACCACGUCAGCUUCCACUGGGCCGGUAUUCGGAACCGCCCAGCCUUCACCGGCAUCUGCGUCUCUUUUUGGUGCUAAGCCUGCUCAGUCUAACUCGAUGUUUGCCCCAAGUUCAACUUCCUCGUCCACUUCCUCUGUUUUCGGCAGUGCCCAGCCACUUCCCGUGUCGCAAAACAUCUUUGGUGGACUCCAGCAGACCGCACCUAAGCGAAAGCCCUCGGCCGACGAAAGCGACAAGGAGGAUGAAACACCUUUCAAGAAUAGCAAAGCAUCUGCCCCCGCUUCUGCUGCUGGAGGUGGUCUGUUUGGACGAGUGUCGAACCCGGCUACACCUGCUCUGACACCACCCGUCCAGACCCCAUCUCCCGUCAUCGGCCCCUUCACUAUUCCUCCUCCUGCCGAGAAACCCUCGGUUGCGACACCCCCAGCCGCCUCUGAAGCAGCCUCGACCGCUGUGGCCACCACUGAAGACGGCGAGGGUGAGCCUGGUGAGUUCUUCAACUUGACCCAAAGCAACGUGGGCGAAGAAGAGGAAAACGUCGAGUUGGAAGUCAGGGCUCGUGCUUUCAAGCUUGAUGGCAGCUGGAAGGUUCAGGGUACCGGUGUCGUUCGUCUUCUGAAGCACCCUGUCACUGGACGCGCUCGUAUCGUCCUUCGCACCGAGCCCAGUGGAAAUGUUAUCUUGAACGCCCUUUUGAAGAAAGAAUACAAAUACGAAGCCACCAAAGGAAACAGUGUUCAGGUUCUUCUCCCAGAUGAGAGCGGAAAGUUUUCGCAGUGGGCAGUCAGAGUGAAGCCGGAAAAUCUUGAUAAAUUCUUCGCCAAGAUCAACGAGAUCAAGUACUAA